AUUAGCUGACAUCACUGAGGCUGUUGGGUUUCCCUACCAGCUCCUGCAGAGUCUGAUCAAGAAGCUCAGCUGGAAGGAGAGGAGAAAUAGACCAAGAGAAGAGGGAAGGAGCAGGGAAGAAUCAGACAUGGCGUCAGGGGUGGACCUCAGCAAAGUGGCGGCUAACAAGCUCAAACAUGCCGUCAGCGGAGAGGUCGUCGAGCUGGCCAGCCUUUGGAAGGAGCACCCUUGCGUGUUGCUGUUCCUGCGUCGCUUGGGGUGCCAAGUCUGCCGUUGGGUCACCAAAGAAACCAGCAAAUUGAAAGAGCUGCUUGACAGCCAUGGUGUUCACUUAAUCGGCGUCGUGCCGGAAACUGUAGGCCUGAAGGAAUUCCAGGAAGGGAAAUUCUUCACAGGAGAACUGUAUCUGGAUGAAACCAAACAGUGCUACCAUGAUCUGGGCUUCAAAAGGUAUAAUGCUUUAAGCAUAGUUCCUGCAGCAUUGUCGAAGCCUGUCCGGGAGGUUGUGACUAAGGCAAAUGCUGAGGGCAUCCACGGAAAUUUCUCCGGAGACCUUUUACAGAGUGGAGGGGCUUUGAUAGUCAACCAAGGUGGGAAAGAUGUGCUCUUAUACUUCGUCCAGGAGUCCCCAGGUGACUACCUCCCCUUGGAUACUAUUCUCAAGACCCUUGGCAUCUCGGCAAAGAUGGAGGAAGGAGCAAAGCCUCAGUGUGCCAAUGAGGUAUGUACCAGGUGAAGACAGGAUAUUGUCCUGCUGUGAUGAGUCUCCUUCUUCUCCUCACUUGUCCCCCUUCUGAGGAGAAAAUCUUUACCUCAGCUGAAGAAUGUUCUGUCCUGCUUCUAAAUCUGUUCUCUAAAAGCUAAUACAUUUGUUCCCACUUA